CCAACAUGGCUGUAUUCUGGGUUCCUAGAGGUCAAAAACACUGACAUACUGUUUUUUUUCUUCUCUUUUCUUUAUACCUUGCUUGCAAAUAUUCUGCCUUGGGAUCCUCGAAGACAGUCUGUUUGGCGGUCGAUUCGCAGCUGCCGCGUUGCAGAUUACAUGAACGCCCCGACGGACAAAGCUUAUUUGCUGAUGUUACUAUGGAGCUUGCGGAUCUGACACUUUUCGGAGUAUCUCAAGACGCCAAUGCCACCCCCGCAAUCCUUGGAUCUUUCCAAGUUCAUUUCUAGACUCGUUGAGAUAACACAGCACACGAAUGUCCGUAAGAAAACAACUUGCUGCGAAGGACGCUAUUUGCAGUAACUAAACAGAGCGAAUACCCUUGAUCUCCAAAUCUCUACGAGCUCUACACUCUUCACAAUGGCAGACUCUGGCGAUGGCGAUGAACGGACCCCUUACUCGGCCUACGCCGUCAGCAUCUAUCAAAACGGCAUUAUGGCAGGUCAAUUGCCCAUCGUAACGACUGAUCCCAACGGCUUGCAGGCCCAGGCCCAAAAGGCCAUGGGCCCCGAGUCCUUCAACUACGUCUUCGGAGGCGCCGGCGAGCUGUCCACCAUGGACGCGAACCGUCUGGCCUUUCGCCAGUGGAAGAUCGUGCCUCGCUUCUUGAGACCCAGCAAUCCUCGGGAUUUGACAACUGAGUUGUUUGGCGUGACUUAUGAGUCUCCCCUUUUGAUGGCCCCCAUCGGGGUCCAGAGUAUCUUCCAUGAGGACAAGGAGACAGGUCUGGCAGCCGCUUGCGCUGAGCUGCAAGUGCCGUACACGUUGAGCACGGCGGCGACCUCGACCAUUGAAGAGGUCGCCAAAGUAUGUGGCGACCAGCACCGCUGGUUCCAGUUGUACUGGCCCAUGGACGAUGACAUUACGGGUUCGAUCCUCAGACGUGCCAGGGCCAACGGGUACAAGGUUCUCGUCGUGACUCUCGACACCGUGACAUUGGCUUGGCGGCCGGCAGAUCUCGACCAGGCAUAUCUCCCCUUCAUCACGGGCACAGGGAACUCGGUCGGCUUCAGCGAUCCCGUCUUCCGCAAGAAGUUUUCCGAGCAGAACGACGGCGACCAGGUAGAGGACAACAUCAUUAGCGCCUCCCGGUACUGGAUCAGCCAGGCCUUCCCCGGCGAUCACCAUUCGUGGAAGGAUCUGGCGCUGCUGAAGAAGAACUGGGACGGGCCCAUCGUUCUCAAGGGCGUGCUGAGCGUCGAGGACGCCAAGCUCGCCGUCGAGCAUGGCAUGUCGGGCAUCAUCGUCAGCAACCACGGCGGCCGACAGCUCGACGGCGGGGUCGCCUCGCUGGAGAUGCUUCCGGAGAUUGUGGAAGCCGUGGGCGACAAGCUCACGGUUAUGUUCGAUUCCGGGAUCCGAACUGGGGCGGACAUUGUCAAGGCCAUCGCGCUGGGGGCUAAGGCUGUCUUCGUUGGCAGACCCGCCAUCUACGGCCUGGGCAUUGCGGGUAAAGAGGGCGCAAAGGCUGUCAUUGCUGGACUGCUUGCUGAUCUGGACUUGACAAUGGGACUCUCCGGCUUCAAGAGUCUCUCCGAGCUCAAGCCUUCCAUCCUUCGGCAGGUUCGGUACGGUGGGGACAUGAAAGCUAACUUGUAGUUAUCAGAUCGUUCGCUUUCGAAAUGAGGGUUUAGCAGGACGGCAAGCCGUUGUGCCGGGAAAUCCUGUGCUGUCAGCGGUCGCUUUCGCAAUUACGCUGGAAGAAUACAAGCUUAUUUUCAGAAAUAGUGUCGAUCGUAGCCCCAUUCCUUUGGUCUCAUCACACCUUCUCCACGACUUUAUUGAGAUUUGAUCAGCGUGGGAGCCGUGGACUAACAUAAAAAAAAAACACCCAUAUUGCGGUCCAACCUGUUCCC